AAAAACGAACUAGAAGAAGGUCCCGCCUCUGUAGUUCCGGUUACAGUUUCUGUCUGCAAACACGAAACGAACCGCGAAGAUUUGAAAAUAAAGAACGAACGGAACGUGCGGGUUCAAUCGUUUGAACAAAAUAUUUCAUCGUGCUCUCUUAUUAAACAUGGUAUCAAUCACGGAAGUCAACAGCACUGUUGUUUUUGCCAAGGGACGGUCAGAAGCGCAAAACAGAGCGUUGAAAGCAAUUGCUGAGCUCAAAGACAUUUACGCCGAGUUGAGCCACUCUCAUCGGCAGUUUCUCAAACUGUCUCGAGAUGAAUGUAUGAAGAAAUUCGCGGAUGAUGAGAUCCUGUUUGAGAGCAUCGAGGCGUUUAAAAAAGAUCAGCAGCGUAAGAAGGAGUCAUCGCAGGAGAAACUGCGCAUUAUUGCAGAAAUUACAUCUGAGAUUGAGCAGAAGGAAAUGGAGAAAAAAAGUCUCAUCAGGGAGUUUGAGAAACUUCAAGAAGAAAAGAACAAGACAAAGGAGCGACUUCAGUCCCAGUAUAAGGCAAACAAGGACAGACUGAAGAACCUCCAAAAAUCCAGACUAAUUUUUGAGGAUAAUUUGGGCAUGGAAAUACGAAAAAUUGAAGGCAAGGCAGAUUUGUUACUGUUAAUAUCACACUCUAUCAUUCUUGGGUUUCUUUUUUAAGUAUCAACAUUCUGUUGUUUUAUUUCACUUUUAGUCCUGAUCUUUGUGUAACUGACCCCUGUUAUGUUUUGUGAAGCUGACAAGUUGCAGUUCGUGUUCCGAAGUAUCGACCCAGCUGAUCGGAACAGUCCAUACAUCAUCACGAUGGAACUCACAAAAGACGGAUCAUAUCAAACUGUGUCGAGCAAGCCCACACUCGAGUGUUUGCCUGACUUGGAGAGAAAGCUGCAGGAGACCAAGAAAAUAGCAGUUUUCCUGAAAAAUGUCCGGAAACAGUUCAUCUCUCAAGCAUGCCAAGACGGGAUAAAAAAACAAGAAUUAUAGAGCUUCGCAGCAAAUUCAUGGACAGUAAGUUAUCAAAUAGCACUUGGAAACAAAACAAUAUGUACCAAAACAGGAUUUAUGGAUGUACAAUUCUCCUGGGGGGUGGUAAAUAAUCACAGAAAUCAGAUUAUAACGACCGCAUUUUUAAUUCAAUCGCACGUGGAAAUGACAAAAACCUGUGACGUGUUUCAUUUUUAGCUCGAUGUAAACAUGACAGAACUCACUUGCUCCUCCAAAACAUUGAUUCAAUAUGCACACAAGAUUGUUUCGCUUCGUGAUACAAGCCAAUACACGUGUCGUCCUUCUAUUAAAAAAAAAAAAAAAGAUACAAUUGGGGGUUGAGGAAAAUAUUUUGUUGACUCCAUUUGAAAUGUGCAAGAUGCAGUCAGGCUUCAGAUGAUUUGAUGUUACUUGGCACAGGCAGCUCCUCGACGUAGGUGGAUGGAAAAUGCCCCGUCUGGCCAUUGAGUGCACCAAACCACCAGCCAUUCUCUUCCUUGGUGUAAAUGUCUAGUAGAUCUCCUGUGACCACACAUUACUUUUAUACAUCUCCAUUCUGCUUUUUGCUGGUUUUGGACGGUAUUCCCUUCCCCGCCCUUACCUUCUUUCAGAGUUAAUUCAUCACUGCGUUGAGGUGUAAAGCUGUAUAAGGCCUUGCAUUGUCCCACGGUGCAAACGUCGGGUGUUCUGUGAACUGUACGUUUAAUUUUAAGCAUAAUGCAAAAAAACCCACACAGGUUCCAAAUAAACAUUUACUUUCGGUAAAA